GCCGCUCCCACACCGCCGCCGGCCCCCGGCCAGAUCCGGCCCCUGCGCCCGGGCUCGCACUUAACGGACGGCGGGCGCUGCGGGAGGGGGCGGGCCCGCUACACGCCCCCGGCCCUUAAAGGGCCCGCAGGGCUCGGGCUAACCCCCGGACACGCGGCGGAGGCGGUGCUUGGGCCCUUUGGGAAACUGGCAGGCGGGGGCGGAGCCGGCAGCAACCCCGCCCCCGCCCCCGGCGGCCCGGGGCCAAGGCGGACGAGGCGCCCUGCUGCCCGGGAAGGCAGUUGCUGCCUGGAGGCUAGGCGAGUCCCGGGGCACCGGACUCAGACUGCUGGCGGCGAGGACUCAAGGGCCCUGAGGGGUCAGCGGCGAUGUGAGAGCAGGGUCCUCGGAGCCCCGGGGCCCACCUUUGACAAGCGCUGGAGGAGAACCUGUGCUGCGGGCCCUUGCUGUGGGGCUUGUGCUGGGGGGAUCCCUGUGCUGGGGGGGCCCUGUGCUGGGGGGGCUCUGUGCUGGGGGGGCCCUGUGCUGGGGGAUCCCUGUGCUGGGGGGAUCCCUGUGCUGGGGGGUCCCUGUGCUGGGGGGGCCCUGUGCUGGGGGGAUCCCUGUGCUGGGGGGGCCCUGUGCUGGGGGGGCCCUGUGCUGGGGGGGCCCUGUGCUGGGGGGAUCCCUGUGCUGGGGGGGCCCUGUGCUGGGGGGAUCCCUGUGCUGGGGGGGCCCUGUGCUGGGGGGGCUCUGUGCUGGGGGGGGCUCUGUCUGGGGGGGGCCCUGUGCUGGGGGGGCCCUGUGCUGGGGGGGGCUCUGUGCUGGGGGGGCUCUGUGUUGGGGGGGCUCUGUGCUGUGGGUGUCUGUGCUGGUGGGGGCCCUGUGCUGGGGGGCUACUCUGUGCUGUGGGUGUCUGUGCUGGGGGCUCUGUACUGA